AUGUCACUUCUAUUUCGUCUAGAGGAUACUUUCACAACAUCCGUUUUCCAUGCUAUUUCUAAGAGUUCCAUAGUUUCCCCUUCCGUAGACGGACAGGUUGCUCUUUCCCUUUCUAAUAAAAUUUACACAUUUAAAUAUGUGAAUGAAUAUUUUGAAGUUACUUCGAAACUGGACAUUGAUAUAAAAUCAAGGGAAACCUCUGGAAAAAAUGCCUUAAAACCUAACUAUAUUGAGGAUACAGAUGGGAAAAGGGCAUUUAAAAAUCUUCAGAGGUCGAUGUGUUCACUCUCCACCGUGGAUUCUCCAAAGUUAGGACUUUUGUUAAUUUUAUGUUAUAUAUAG